AUGGAGUCACAGCCGUCCGCCACCGUCGCAGACGGCGGCGGAGUAGGAGGGGAGGACUUGGCCACGCUGAAGGUGAUGCGGCAGCAGCUGGAGGAACGCAUCGAGGCUCGCCGCGUUGCCCAGGAGGAUCUCAUCUCCUCCAUCCAGCCGCUCGUCCCCGACCUCGUCUCCUCCCUCGACAUCUUCCUCCGCCUCAUCGCUGCUGUAAACCGUCGCCCUUUUGUUCCCACGACGAGGCCGAAUCCCGUCCCUGUACCAACCUCUCGGCCCCCGGUGGACGCUGGUUCUGCAAACCCUCGCCGCCGCCUUCACCCGGAGCCCCACUCUCCCUUUCCCAGGACGCGGGCGAAGCGAUCCGGUGACGAUGGGCAGCAGUCGCAGCGGUCUCGCGGGGAGAGAUCCUCCCUCAUCGUCGAGGGAGGCGCGGGCGACCGGCUGGCGGUGGUGCGCACAAUGGUGGCCGUUUGCCUCCUGGAGAGAGUCCCCUUCACCGCAAUUGAUUCCGCCGCGGUCCUCAGGAAGCUGGAGGGCGACCAGUCCUCAGCCUCACCCGCGGAGAAGGAGGCUCUGAAUGAGCUUGGUGGUGAGGACGGCGCUAUAUCCGCUGUUGAGAGGGCGAUGCGGUGUAUAGCUGAAGCCAACGGAGGCGUGGAUUUGGAAGAGUUCGUGGUCAGCGGGAAGGCGAGACUGAUGGUCAUGGGAAUCGACCGCAGCCGCCUUCUCAAAGAAUUGCCGGAGACUGCUCAGCUGAAUCAGUCGACGUCUGAGCCCACUCCUGCGGAUGGUAACAUGCCGAAUCACUCUGGAGGCAUGGCCGCAGUUGAUGCCUCUACUGCAGCUCUGAUGCCGAGGCCGCCGCAUCCAGAGAUGUGGCUGGGGCCUGUCGAUCCUCAUCUUUCGGGCUUGCCUCCCAUUUUUCCUGGAGCUGGAGGACCGGGUUCUAUGCUGGGGCCGAGAGGUGGCCCGAGGGGAGUCAUGGGGCUCAUGGGGAUCCCCAGGGGGAUUGGUGUUCCCCCUCUCCACCGGCCUCCUCUCGCCCCUCCACCUGGGAUGGGUGGUCCCAGUCUGCUUCCUCAAAAGAGUACGGAAGAGGACGAUCUCAAGGAUCUUGAAGCUCUUCUUAGCAGGAAGUCAUUCAUGGAGUUGCAGAAAUCGAAGACUGGAGAAGAGCUGUUGGAUCUAAUCCACCGGCCUACAGCAAAGGAGACUGCAGUCGCAGCAAAGGUCUGGAAACCCUUUGUAAAUCUGUGUGAAUUAUGUUCUUCUGUUCGAUUUCCCGCAUGUUUUUGAUGAUUUCAGGCUUGUCACAUGUGUUCACUUGGUCACAUGGGAUGUUAUCCUGGAAAGCUUGUCUUGUCGUGUUUUAUCCUGAUAUAUGCGUUGACUUUGGUACAUUUUCUCGGGUAGCCCUUUAUUUAUGUUUCACAUCGUGCCAAGCACUAGGCUCUGGAGUUCUUAGGGAAGCAAUCAGACUUUGCUGUCCUACAGUUUUGGCCUUCUUCUCUGUGUGAAGUUGCAGCUUUGUGUAGAAGCUUUCAAUUCAAUAAAGAUUGAAGCUUUUCUGUGUAUUCCAUUUGGGAUUCUCAUAUAUUUUUUUGCAUGGCUUGGGUAACCCAACCUGUCAGUAAAACGCAACAAAGAAUUCGAAAUCACAUAGUGCUGUUGAAUUGUUUAUUUUGGAUUCCAGUCUCGAGCUAGAGCAGGUUGUCCUAGAUUUUCCAUAUCUGGCCAAAUUGGGGAAACCUUUUGGACAUAAAAGUGUUGAUUCCACCUGAUUAUGUGGCUCCUGGCAGAUCCCUCUGGAUCUUAGUUGCUAAAGUGACUAAGGUGAGGAAGGUGGAGUAUGAUUUUUCCCUGGAUUUCAAUCAAAAUUUUCAUAUUAAAUUAACUACAUUCCUAUAUCAUGCUUUUUUUUUCUCAGAUUUUUGAUAUAGAAAUAUGAAGGCUGCUGAUAGAAAAUUUUCUCUUCAGAAAACCCACACCACAUGCUUGUGAUUUUUGUUGUUUUAUUCUAUUUAAUCGUAUUGGCUAUUGUUUUGUGCAUUAGCUUUCUUUGAUUAUUCAAUAGAAAAUUUUGAACUGAACUGUACAUAACAUUUUUUUUUAUAGAUCUCAUGCAUCAGGUAAGCAUUAUCUUGGGUUUUGCGCUGAGUUAUUUUGUCCUGCUACAAAUUAUUCGUUUGGUUCAGUGACCUGUAGGCACGAAUUUAUGUUACUCAGAUGACUUGAUAACUUGUGUAAAUCGAGUGUUUGUUGGUAUUAUUCUAUCUUUGAUUGAAUGGUCUUAUCAUGAACACUCCACUGGGAGUGAAAACGUGGAUAUCAUUCGAGAGAAAAGGAACCUACAGUUUUGGGAUUCUUACUCAUCCUUACCCAGUUAGAAUCUGACCGCCGCCCUGCAAUUGAUGAUUCUAGUCUUCUUUGGAUCGGUAUAAAAGAUCAAUCUCUGGUAGGCCCGUGCAACUGUUUGCAAUAGUCACAUUGGCAUGUGGGCAUUCCUCCCAUCCCACUAUUACCACUUUGUUUUAAAAUCUGGAAUCUUUGUGCUUCUGAAAAUAUCAACAUCUUCAAGAUGUGUGAUUGAUUUACUCGUACUUUUAUUUGUUUGAAAUUAUCUUUUCAAUUUUUGCCUUUCUCCUACAACUUUUCCUGAUAUAUGCCAGUUUGUAUUGCUACUAUUGCUGUGCGUUACAGUUCAAGACAAAAGGUGGCUCUCAGCUGAAAGAAUAUUGUUCAAACUUAACGAAGGAAGAUUGCCGACGUCAGUCUGGCUCAUACAUAGCAUGCGAGAAGGUUAGUUUUAAUGGUUUGAUGCUGAUUAUUCCCAUCAUAUUGACCUCGCCACCUCUUGUUUCAUAGCUAGAACCAUGUGCCAAACAUGACAUUUAUUUAUCAUCCAAGUUCUCAUUCAUCUUGGGCAAAUCCUUGAAAUGAUUUUAAUUUUGUUGGACAACACUUUCACAUCUACAAGUAUUGUACUUGCCAAUGCUUUUUAAGAGUUACCUUCUCGCUAGCAAUAAAGUUAACUGAAAGCUAUGGGGGAUCAACAUCAUGAUAUUUAGACACCUUAGCACGUGUGAGGGUCAAGUGUGACCAAUAAUACAUUAUCAAAUGGUCCCAGUUUCGCAUGUGAAUGUUUGACUUUGCUCAGUUGGCCUUGAAACAACUUUUUUCUUAAGGUGCACUUCCGUCGGAUAAUUGCUCCACAUACGGACACAAAUUUAGGCGACUGCUCAUUCCUGGACACUUGUCGACACAUGAAGGUAAUUCAUUGUUCUGUGCAGUUCUUCUGCACCUUACAUUGUGUCACUGCCGGGCACAAAGGUUAUCUUUUUUUGCCGCGUAGUUGUUCUGCAUUUGAUACGGUGUUGAUGUUCGUGAUUGUUACAGACAUGCAAGUAUGUUCAUUAUGAGCUUGAUCCUACACCUGAUGUGUCUCCACUGAUGAUGGGAGCUGUAAGUAUGGCUCCUCCAAAACCAAUGAAGACACAGAGGGCAGAAUAUUGUUCAGAAGUGGAACUUGGCGAACCACAGUGGAUUAAUUGCGAUAUCCGUUCAUUUAGAAUGGACAUCAUCGGACAAUUUGGAGUCAUCAUGGCAGAUCCACCUUGGGACAUUCAUAUGGAGUUACCUUAUGGAACUAUGGCUGAUGAUGAGAUGAGAAAUCUGAACGUUCCUGCAUUACAGACCGAUGGUCUAAUUUUUCUCUGGGUCACUGGACGGGCAAUGGAACUAGGGCGUGAAUGGUAUGUGUUCAUGUUCAUCUGUCUUUCCUUGAGCAUGCUUAUUUUUGCUGAUAGUCAUCUUUGUUACCUCCCCCCCUUUCUUUGCUCAUCAAGUUAUUUGCUACCAAUUCAAUGAUACUGUUUCUACAUGUGAGUCAAGUCAUUUUCGUUGAACAACGCAUUUAUUUUACGUAUAACACUUUUGGAGCGAGCUUCUGCGUGAAUGGCUUGCCCUGGUUUGAAGAAUCAUCAAGCCCCCAAAAAUUGAACUGGACUCAGUUGAGCUGACCCUGACAUUUCCUUUGGCUGUUGGUCUAUAUUUUCGUAUGCGAUAUGCGUGCAUAUCUUUAGGCAUAAGCUCUCAAUUUGGCUUAUAACUAGUGUAUGUACAAGGUCAGCUAGGCAAAUGCAUGAGGUAAUUUGGAUCAGGCUGAACCUGAGUUGGGUGUGGUCUUGGGCUGCAUUUGACAUGGAUGAAUUUGGGCUGGUCUGAGAUUGUCUAUCUAAUGCUCUCCUUUUUAUUUUUUUCCAAUUAGAAGGGUCUUCUAAGGAUAAAAGGCGCACUGGAUGAAUUUUAAAAUUUUGAUUUCUGAAUAAUCAUGGUCAUUCCAAGUCCUACCGAGGUUUAUGCCUCACUUUUUAUGAGAUUUGUGGUAAGACUGAUUGUUUAAUGGCUCUUCUUGUGUUCAUCUGCACCGACACAUUUUCUAUCUCUUCCUUUGUAUUGAACUGACGGUAGUGGAUGCUUUAUUUAUGGCUUCUGAUCAUUGAUAAAAAUUACGCAUUAAAAUGCAUAAUAAAUUUGGAAAAGAAUACACUUGGUUCUAGAUUAUCUGUGUCACCUCGUCUGUGGUCUAAUAAACUAUUAGCAUUGGUGUAAAUUAAGUACGCAGGUAAGGGCUAAAGUUGUCUCUCGAUCCCAACUAAUGAAAACAAAAGAGUAUGCCCUAGGGUGAAGUGCUAGUGCUUACCAAAUUUAUUCCAUUGACUUGUUCUUGUUUAGGCUUAGUUCUGUUCUUUAUGCAAUACCUUGUGCCAGCUAUGUUCAUCGGGAAGCUCAGUCGAAAUAAUUAAGGGUGGGGGAAACUCCAGCCCCGCCCUUUGAAGGAGUGUCAGGGUCGGAAAGGUGCAUACAAAGCUGCAAGCAUAUCAUCUUUUUCCAAAUAAAUCGUCAGAAUUUCACAGCAUUGGGAUAUACUGAUAAAAUAUGGGUGAUUCUUUGAUAUAGAGCAUUAAAAUCGAUUGGGUUUCUUUGAUUUGGAAAGAUAUCUUAGAACCAAUGUUUGUCUCGGGUGUUGGCUGAUUCUUUAAUCCGUGGAUGAUUAUUAAAUCUUGAAUGGCAAUGAGUCUGAGAUUCUAGGGACGCAAUAGAUUACUGGAUGCUAGAGGUCCUCUUACUAGCUCUAGCCUUCUGUGUAACUUUAUCUUCCAUGCACACACUAUUUCAUCUGCUAGUGUGACGAAUAUUCUUUUCGUGAACAACACUCAUUAUGAUUCCUCGUACUCCUAUCCAUUACACUCCACAUGAUUAAGGCUCUCUCACACUAUGUAAUUGUGAGUGGUUCUUGUACUCAUAUUAAUAAUAUCAGGGGCUUUUCACCAGCUUGGUGAUUCGUGUGAAAAGCCCCUAUUUAAGGCUUGGCUUAGAUCGUCUAGCUCGGAUUAAAGGCUUAAUUACUGUUGAAAUUAACGUCUAAAUUUGGAGCUCCAAUUGACCAGCUUUACAUCAGACUUCCGUCAUUAAGUCCGUUUUUGCCAAGGUUAGUGCGCUCUCUUGAGCUUGGGGACCACCUUCUCCCCAUUGCCCUUGGACAAGUACCUCCUCCAGGUUAUUUCUCCUUCAUUCCGUUCAACAAAUUUAACCAGGAAGUGCGGCCCAUUCUUGCCAUUUAUUUAUCAAUUUCGUAAUUGUUAUCCUCCUAGACAGCAGUAAUUAAGUCUUUUUUCUUAAUUCUUAUUUUCCAUCUCCCUGCUAUAAUUAAUUAAUUGCGGUAAAAUAUACGGAUUAGUUUAUAUCUCUGUGGGGCUAUCGGCAUCUAUUUUCAUUGUUCAACUCUUUGACAAGAUGAAAAACUAACUUUUUUUCUAACGAAUUCAUAUCUUUAGUAUACCUUUGGCACGAUCACUCCUGAGUGGAUGAUAUAUUUGUUCAGCAUUUAGCCAGAGUUUGUGAAAGAAGUAUUGACUAAGCUCUGUUUUUACGUGCUGAUAAACAGCUUGGAGCAAUGGGGAUACAAGCGUGUAGAGGAGAUCAUCUGGGUGAAGACCAAUCAGCUGCAACGGAUCAUUAGAACCGGCCGCACCGGCCAUUGGCUGAACCACAGCAAGGAGCACUGCCUCGUUGGUAUAAAGGGCAACCCGGAGAUCAACAGGAACAUCGACACUGAUGUCAUCGUCGCUGAAGUUCGGGAGACCAGCCGCAAGCCUGACGAGGUAGCUUUGAGCCUACAGUUUCUCGAAUUUCUCUCCUUGAAAAGGGAAGAAAUUAGGGAAGAUUGCAGUUUAGUGUGAGCUGCUAAGAAUAGUUCGGCCUUGGUUAUUACAGAUAAUCUGAGUUAUAAAGAGGAAAACUUGUGUAAUUAUUUGCAGAUGUACCCUCUUCUGGAGAGGAUCAGCCCAAGAACAAGGAAGCUGGAAUUGUUCGCCCGAAUGCACAACACCCAUGCAGGGUAUGCCGGAAUCUGGGCAAGCGUUCAUUUUUUAUUUUGUUCAGGUAUUAGGUUGGUGUCAUUAUGCUUAUCAACGAUCAUAAUUCUAUGUACUUUUAUUUUUUUGAGCAGCUGGCUGUCGCUAGGAAACCAGUUGAAUGGGGUCCGGCUGGUUGACGAAGGGCUGAGGGCCCGGUUCAAGGCGGCAUACCCGGAUGUGGAGGUCCAGCCGUCAUCGCCGCCCAGACCGUCAUCAGCAGCAGAGGGAGAUCCUAGUGCUGCCCAAAUGAGGAGCCCCUAUGUGGGCUCUGAGUCCAAGCCACCGCCGCUACCUAGACCAUUUAUGGACCAAUCACAGUCUGAAGCCUCGGAUGCCUGA